AUGGAUGCAACGUCGGCAUUGGGCUCUGGAGAUUCUCCGCGAGGCUGGGGUCCGCCGCCCUCGACGAUCCGUGAGCCUCCUAUCCUCUGCACCGACCCUGGCCACGAGGGUGAGGCUCCUGAAGGGCGCGAGCUGUUCAUCUCUCACCUCGGAGCCGUGGACAUCAACCCCGGCGUCAUGGCCGGCGCGCUCAAGUCGAUGGAGCCACCUGCCAAGGGCGACCAGAUGACUGCGCCCCGCUGGGAGCCGAUGACUGCGGAGCUGUGGUUGGGCAACAUUGAGCGUUACAACUCGCGCUUCGAGCCGUACGAGGCUCUUGUCAUGCUCGAGGUCAUUGAGCAUCUCGAGCCGCAGCUGCUCAGCCGCUUCGGUGUCGUCACGCUGGGCACGUACCGCCCCAAACUGCUCUUAGUGUCUACGCCGAAUUUCGACUUCAACUCCAAGUUCCCGCACCAGCACGACGACGACACGUGCCCCAAGGGUUUCGCGGAUCCGACUGGACGUACGGACCGUGUGUUCCGUCACAGUGACCACAAGUGCGAGAUGACGUCGCAAGAGUUCCGGGAGUGGGCGAUCGCGGCGGCCAGCGACUGGGGCUACGACGUGCAGAUCGGCGGUGUCGGUACCUCCAACAAGCCGAGCUACUACCCCGACGGCUCGCCCGUGUACGCCACGCAGACGGCGGUCUUCCGUCUCGCUAGCGGCAUCCCUAUGCGCUCCCCGCGCAGCGUGCGCACGGUCGACUUACCCUUCAUGCGCGGCGUCAGCGAGGCGCACCACCCGCACCGUCUUGCCGGCAAGUUCCAGUUCCCGGCGACGGCGGUCAAGGCGCCAGGUGCCCCGCUGUCGCCCGAGGAGGUGAACAAGACGGUGCAGGAGGCGUUCAAUGCAUCAGUGAGGUGGGUUAUUGCCCUCCACUCCUUCCCCAAAUCUCCUAUCUCUCCCCCCUUCCUCAUCCUCUCAUCCAAGUCUAACAGGAUGUCCGCCAAGAGCACGUUCACGCCGUUCGAGCUCCUCCGCCUGCCGUCCAAGUCGGCGCUGGUGGAGGAAUUCCAAGGCCGCAAGCUGGACGAGCUCCGCACGCCCGCCCUGAUUCUGAACCGGACAGCCUUUGCCGAGAACUGCAGCCACGUCGCGAAAGCUGUGGAAGCGCUCGGGCUCGAGUUCAGGAUGCACGUGAAGAACGGCACGCGCAUCCAGGCCGAAUCAGUCUCGUCCCCCGCAGGCGCAGGCCUCAUAGUCUCCACGCUCCCGGAGGCGUGGGGCAUCGCCGAGUCUGGCCUCGUAGAGGCCGGUCGCGUGAAGGAUAUUCUCUACUCGAUGCCAGUGGCCGCGGACAAGAUGGAAGACCUCACAGCGCUGGAGGAGAAGAUGCGUCUCCCCGUGCUUGUGAUGGUGGACCAUCCGACGCAGAUCCAGGCCCUCACCAAAGCACACAAGGCGCUGGGCCGGAAGCCGUGGAAGUGCUUCGUCAAGAUCAACGGCGGGGGCAACCGCGCCGGCGUGCGGCCGGAGAGCGACGAGCUCGGUGCCGUGCUGGACGCCAUCCAGGGUGCCGAGAGCGAGGGGAGCGUGGAGAUGGCCGGGUUCUACUCGCACUUUGGCCAGUCCUACGCUUCAGACGGACAGGAGGACGCGCAGACCUUUUUCGAGGGCGAAGUCGAGUGUGUCUCCAAGGCAGCCGCGUUCGCGCGCUCCAAGGGGCUCAAGGGACCGUGGGUCCUCUCUGUCGGCGCGACGCCCACGAUCCAUGCCGCGUCCUCCCUCGACUCCACGCCGAAUGUCCAGGCCGAGGGGGAUCGGCUCGAGUACCACGCCGGGUGCUACUGCAUCAACGACCUGCAGCAAUUGUCCACAGGCGUGGUGCCGGGCCGUACCGCCAUUCGCGUCCUCUCCUCCGUCGUCAGCUCCUACCCCGAAAGAAAGGAGGCAUUGUGCGAUGCCGGCGCCCUGUCGCUGAGUAAGGAUCGGGGGAGGGAGCCCGGGUUCGGCCAAGUGUCGAAUAAGAGGGGAUGGCGCGUCGGGCGCGUGAGUCAGGAGCACGGCAUUCUGACGCAUGACGAGGGGAGCGAGAGGGAUGAGAUUAGCAUUGGCGACAGAGUGCAGAUCAUCCCCCAGCAUGCUUGCUUGACUUGUGCCUGCCAGCCUUGGAUCUAUGUCAUCGACGACAAGGAUCCGGAGACGGUCGCCGACGUGUGGGUGCCGUGGAAAGGGUGGUAG